UACCGUGUUUUUGUUCGCAGAAAACCCGGUACGUGAUAAACUGCCAGUUGGAUAUCCAUACUCUGCCGUGAAGGUUUUUUUAAAUUUUUUUAAAUGUGAUGUUUCAGUUUCAGAUUUUAAAAUUCCUUACUAUAUGCAAUUCGGAAUACAUCACAACAUUGCUUUCUGCGUAUUCUUAGGUUUAUGUUGGCUGGCUUCCUGUGUUCAACUGAAUUCCAGUUAGUUUCUUCAAAACAACCUGUGGUGUAUUCAAAGCUGUCAGGUGCUUAAGGAACCGCGUAAAAUGGACAAUUACAAAGCGUUUUGUGAAUCACAGUUGCGCCACAUAAAGGCCAAAGUGCUAGAAAAGUGUAAAAAACACGAAACACUGGAUUCAAAGAGAAGCGGCAGCGCUUCCUUAAUUCGGUUCCACGGUCUGACCAUCCUGCCUCCAGUGCUGACUAGGGAACAGAGAGCUGAGAUGCAAAAAUAUCAACAAGAGGCCUUGAACUGUGAAAAUCAAAGAAAGGAAUCACAAGAUCAUCAUCUGAUGAUUCGUGUUCAAACUCUUCUAGAGAGCGUCGAGCUCCGGAAAGCACCAACUCUGCAGGAAUUCAUCCAAGAUGAUUCAGGGAUUUUGUCAGCGGUUAUUACUGGAUGCAAGGAUACUUGCGUUGAUUUAAAGAACAAAAGUGUAGAAUCAGACGAUUGCAGUGUCAACAAAUGGGAUCCAUCACUUUCUUCCAAACAAAACUAUGAUAGGAGCACCAUGUUUCAUCUGCCAACAUCUACAGCAGAUGAAGGACUUCCAACUAAAGGCUUACAAGAAUUUCAUAACAUGUAUGCUGAACAGGGGACUAAUCACAAGUUGCAAGAAGUAAGCCAAACUAUUCCAAGCGACCAAGUUCAGUGCUUAGAAAUCAACAGUCCCUCCGUGAAUCCCACCCUAAUGUGCCAAAAUCCUUAUGACCAAAAUGAUACCAGUCAAAGAUCAGUGUCAUCUGGAUAUGUAACCUGCGAUAAUGUGGAUAUCAUGGGUCAUGUCAGUAGUGGAGCAGAGAUUUUUCACAGACAGAAGGAUGGACCUUCAAUGUCUUCAGACAGGUUUUUUCUUCAUGAAACCAGUUGCGACUCUAACAAGGUUCCAUGCAUACCAGGUGAUACAUUGGUUCAUUUUAGCACAAAGGGUAAUCCGCAAGCGAGCAAAGUGUCCAUCAGUGAUGUCAUUUCAAAGCAUUCUGAACGGGAAAAUACUCGAGAUGAGAAAACGACAGAUCUUGAGAUUCCAGAAGAACCUUACCUUAUGAGCCUCCAGAACCUGCUGAAGAAGUCAAGAGAGUUUCGAGACAAGCAGCGUGAACUAAAGAAGGCGAAAGUGAGGGCUGUGGAGAAAAUCGUAGCAGACGGUCUUUCUGACAAAGAGAAUGAUGAUGACAAAUCGCAGCCAGGGGGUCACAACAAAGAUAAAGUCAAAAAGGGGAGCAAUGGAAGAGUGACAGUCAUGUCUGAUAAAGGAGUUCAAGUCCUUUCCCAUUGUGGGAUGAUCAAUCAAUCAUCGGGGGCUCAUGAAAAAUUGAGCACGUCUAUGACACUGGUACAUUGUGGUAAGCAGUUUCUUCAUCAAGAAAUGCAAAAUACAAAAUUUCAAGAGUAUGAUGCUGUAAACUCUGUUGUCUCAGGAAGUGGCAAACAGACCGAACCCGCUAACAGUUUUACAUGUAAUGUAUUGACACAAACAGAAGACAGACAAAAGACCAAGACACUGAAAGAUGUCCGCAUCUGUCAUGGUGUCAUCACAGCUCCAACUGCUUGCUUUCUGGCCCCGAAGACCUCAUGCAGGGAUGCUAGUGGAAAUGGUGUACUGAAUAUUUCUAGUAAAAAAUUUAAAAUACUUCCCAGUCCUGAGUUUAGUAAAAGCCCAGUGCAUUCAAAGAAAAUCACAGGUCAUAGCAGAAAACUGUUGGUCAACACUUCUUUGAGUAUUGGCAACGAUGCAGGUGAGCAUUGCACUAAAAACAAAAGCACAUCAGACCUUCAAGAAGAUGGUCAGGAAAACACCAAAAGGCUUGAGACUGAGCAGAUGACACAGCUAGAGAUUAACUUGUCAGGUUUGAAAGCUCUGAUAUUAGACCUGGAAUCAACCAUCUCUGAGAGAUCAGCCAACAGUACAUUACAAGAAAACUCCAUUAUAUGUAACAAGUCUUUUUCCCAAGAAGACUGCAGUUCCUUGAAACAAACCAGAAUGCAAAGUAACAAAACCUGUAAAUCUGAUUCAUUUUCAAGGGACUCAAAAGAAUCAAUUCAAACUAAAUCUUGUGGAGCAUCCUUACUUCAAAACAAGCGGAUACCAGAUUUGUUAGAAGUUUCUAAUUUGGAGUCACGUAAAGGGUAUAUUUUAUCUGAUACAGGUAAUCAAACUCCUGGUGUUGAAUCAAUAAAACAAAAGGACAUGGACAAUAUGUCCUGCCACAUUUCAGUAAAUAAAUCAUACGAUGUAGAUACUCCGUCACUGCUUUGGCUACAGGGUUUGCAGUUGGGACAGGAGUUUGGGUGCCAGGAAACUUCAGUGACCCCUGAGAACGUGAAAAAUGCACAGGAGUCCAGAGUCAAGAGAAGACUUGUCAUGAAUGCUGGGGAUUCAAGUGCCAAGAGAGACAAAGAUGUCUUGAAAACCGAUUUUACAAAAAGGCUACACAAUUCAGUGCACCCCUCUGUCCUGGAGAGACAGCAGUUGCAGCUGAAGGAGGAACAUGCCAGGCAGAUCUCAGCUCUGUUAGAAGAGCAGAAGAAACAGCAGCAAUGGAUAGUGCAACAAAUUGCAGAGCAGUCCCAGCAUUUGCACCGCAUAUCAUUCCAGUAUCCUGAGCUCAGCAAAGAGCAGACUAUUGUGGGACAGUCUGCACCAGCCAAGGCUUCAUUAACAUCAUCCAUUAUUCUGCAUAACAAGGCUUAUCCAUGCAGCAUGCUGUCACAGCCACGUAAUUUCAUGUUCGUAACACAUGCCAAGAUAACAGCAGUGGUGAAAGGUUACCUCACAAGGAGGCUUUUGCGCACUGAACGAUUAACACAUCUCAUCAGGACUAUUCAGGAUUCACGUCUGUUAUUGCUGACCGUUGAUAGUCCAGGAAAGACGGGGUUAAGUUCUCAUCAGAGUCGUUCGUUAGGAGAACGAGUUUUGCUUCAGCUUCGUUCUGCCCUCUAUGAAGUCCAUGACAUUUUCUUCAACUCAUCCGCAUCGGAAAGAAUGCAGAUCAUCUCCCACGAUCGGAAACUGCAAAAACAGAGGCAGUUUAAUCAAAGGGGCCACAACAGAAAUCCUGACAAGGAAGUGUCAGUGCUGUCAGCUGCCACCUUAAAGGUUUUGGAGAGGAAAAGGAGAUUGCUAGUACAGAGGACAGCAGCAGGAGGACAGAAAAGGCAGAGGAAUGUUCAGCCUGGGAGACUUGUUCCUUGUAAGAAUGCAAACGGAACAAGGACCACUGUCUACAAGUAACCCCAGAUAACAAGAAGGGCGAGUGACACACAGGCUGUGCAGUGACAAUCCUGGAGUAAUCCGUCCCUGUGCCGUCAGUGCACCUCAACCACAACCCAAUGGGGUUCAGGUUAAAGCACCAUGUUUACAAUAGUUCUGGGUUCUGUUUUUUGGUGUCGUUUUCUUGCUUUUCAUGUUCUUUCAGUUUGUAUGUAUGUGUGUGUGUGUGUGUUAAGACACUGCAGUUUUGCUUAAAGCCCAGAUGUUGAAACACCUGAACCCUCAAUGCCAAAGAAGGCCACAGUCGCUGUUGUCAUACAAAAAAGGGCAUUAUGAGUAUAUGGCCAUUUUGGUAGCUUAACUGUGCACACCAUACCCCCCAAAAUAUGUUUGAAAUGUAUGUUUGCACUAGUCUGUUAUAUUGAUCUGUAUAGAUAAGUACAACUGCCAUUAAUAUAAUAAACAUAGGAUAUAAGUUCAUGAAAACCAGCAACAGUGAGAGAGGAAAAUCUCACUGGUUUGUGAUGUGUGUGUAUUUAUAUUUAAACUUUGAAGUGCCUUAUCUGCAUUUGUUAAUAAAAUGUUUUU